AAAACUCCUUCAAAUCAAACUUCACUUCCAACGCCUCCUCCCCCAUUUUGGUUCCUCCUCCUCUCUCUAUCUUCUUUCUCUCUCUAAAACCACCGGUAAUGGCGGCCACCGCUGUAGAAGACAACAACAACACAAACAUUAAGGGGUUGUUAUCAGGGUGGGGAUUCACGCCUAGACUGUGUGACACUUGCCGUGUCGCCACUUCUUUACUUUAUUGCAAAACUGAUUCAUCCUUCUUAUGCGGCCCGUGUGACGCCAAGAUCCAUCCACCCACCCGCUACCCCCGCCAUGAACGGGUGUGGGUAUGCGAGGUUUGCGAACAAGCACCUGCCGUCGUCACCUGUAAAGCAGACGCUGCCGCCCUUUGCACUGCCUGCGACCAAGACAUUCACUCGGCCAACACUGUAUCCAGCCGUCACGAGCGUUUCCCUGUUAUCCCUUUCCUCGACUCCCCUAUUGACGCUGCCACUGCUCGCUCCGUCAUAGAUAACGCCGCCCCUUACCUCGUUCCCGACAACCUCGACGCCGUCCCUUCCCUUGAUAAUCUAAUCAACGACGAAGCUGAUGCUUGGUUGAUACCUAAUCCGAACAACUCUUUUCUGUAUAAUGACUCGGAUAUCCUUAAUUAUAGCUACAAUUGUACAAAUUCAGCAACUGCUCCCCAAUUUCAGCAACAAGACAUAAAACCGUCGAUUGUGGUUGUUGACGAAAACCGGAGUUACGCAUUUACGGAUAGUGUUGUACCUACACAGUCGCAGGGAAACACCAAUCAUUUCUCCACCUUUAGUAAUAAUAGUGCCACUGCCGAUAGCUUGUUCGACAGCUCUUUCAACAUCGAUUUCACUCAACCAAACAAACAGCAAAAGAAAAACCACCACAACUUCAACCACACUCAGUUGUUCUCCCCUUCGUUAAACUACUCGGUUUCUUCGUCGGACAUUGGAGUAGUCCCCGACGGAAACACCAGUUCAAUUACGUCGGAAGUUUCUUAUAAUUUCACGAAAUCAACGGCGGCCGUCGACGGUGGUUCUUCAGGCGGAGCUCCGGUCAUGGAUAGAGAAGCGAGAGUGUUGAGAUACAGAGAGAAGAGGAAGAACAGGAAGUUUGAGAAGACGAUCCGGUACGCCUCUAGAAAGGCGUACGCCGAAACGCGGCCGAGAGUGAAAGGUCGUUUCGCGAAACGUACUGAUUCAAACGGAACAUCGGAAAUUGAUUUCGCCGUCGAUACUGGUGGAUACGGCGUCGUUCCAGCCUUUUGAUUUUCUAAUUUUUUUUAAAUUAAGUUUAAAACAUGUUAAUUCCUCAUUUAGAAAGCAAGAAAGAAAGUUCUCGAGCUUUCUAAUCUUCUUUGUAACAAUAUUUUCUUUAAUGUGAUUUUAGUUUAAUUUAAUUAUGUAGUUGAAUCAACGGUGGAUAUCCAUCACUAUAUUUUAGCCGUUGAUUGAAGGGGAGCAGAAAAUAAAUUAAUUUUGUAAUGUAAAGUUGGCCUUCCGUUUUUUUAGAGGGUCAAUAAAGGAAUUUCAUGUAUAUUAGUUAAAUAAAUUAAAAAUUGGAGUUUCAUUUC